AUGAAAUCAUUGUCAUCGUUUGCCACAAGAAUCGGUAGAUACUACAGUAGCAAUAUACGUGAUAUAAACUCACCAAGGAGUUCCAACACCUACAACACCUACAAUCAACAACAGCAGUCGCAACAACCUCAACCUCAACCUCAAGCUCAGUCAAAGCAACAACAACAACCAAAGCGUCAACAUAACAAACAUCAACGUCAACAUCAACAACCAUUCAUAUUAUCACAAGAGUUACAAGAGAAACUAUCUACAUUAACAUCACCAUUGGUAGUUGAUUCGGAUAAUACAAACAAUCUAAAGAUGGUCAUGGAGUCAUUAUGGAACUGGCGUUGGAUCAAGUCGUCCAAGGAGCAAAUGGAGCACGCCGAGAAGAGGAUACUACAGACAAUAGAGACGCCCUAUGAGCAACGCAUGGUCAAGGUGGGCGACCACGAGAUCAACACAAUCAAGGUGGGCUCGGGCGAUCCACUGGUCCUGGUGCACGGCUAUGGCGCCGGCGUGGGCUUCUGGUGUGGCAACAUAGACUACCUGGCCCGCCACUACACCGUCUACGCUAUCGAUCUCGUGGGCUUUGGAAGGAGCUCGCGUCCCGAUCCAACCCAAUUCAAGACGCCAGACGAUGCCGAGAAGCUCUGGGUCGACUCUAUCAAUCAAUGGGCCAGCGAGGUGGGUCUAGACAACUUCCAUCUGCUCGGUCAUUCACUCGGUGGUUACAUUUCCACCUGUUACACUCUACAGCAUCCCGAGAGGGUCAAGAGCUUGGUGCUUGCCGAUCCAUGGGGAUUCGCCAUUCGUCCCGAUGACUUUGAAACAAGAGUACCACUACCAUUCAAGAUACUUGGAAAGAUAGUUAGACAGUCGCCACUGAGUUUGUUGCGCGCUGUUGGUCCAUUUGGACCAGACUUGGUGUAUCGCUUCAGAUCGGACUUGUUGCAAAAGUUCUCUCACCUCUACCCAGAGGACGAGCUAAAGUAUAACCAACAGCAGCCGAAUCGUGUGGCUGAGUACAUAUAUCACUCCAAUGCACAGGCGCCGGCCACCGGCGAGUAUCUCUUCAGUCUGCUGUCGCUGCCGUUUGGAUGGGCUGCCAACCCGAUGCUCACUCGCUCAAAGGCCAUCGACCCGUUGGUCGAUGUCACUGUGCUGCACGGCUCAAACAGUUGGCUGGACAAGACCAUUGGCGAUCAGCUGAAACAAGACAUGAAGAACAUCAAGGACGUCGUAAUCAUCGAGCGCAGUGGACAUCAUAUAUACAUUGACAAUGCCAAUCAAUUCCACUCGGCCAUUCUCUCUGCCACUGCCAACAACAAACACUCCUCCUCAAUGUCUCCAAGUGACAGACGUCAGCAACUAUUUGGCUCCGAGCCAGUUUAUGCUUAA